AUGAAGUUUUCAAUUGUACUUCCAAUCCUUCUUAUUCUUGGUUGCUUUGCAGCUGAUUUUGAUAAAUAAGUAGAAGAGUUAUAGAACUCCAACUUUGGUUAAACAAUAUUACAAACCAUUUUGAUGGAAUUGCAAACCGGCGAUCCUGUAGUCUCUAAUCUUAUAGAUAUGGUUUAAGGUUUAGAAACAACAUUAGAAAAUGAAUAAGAAAGAGAUGAUAAAAGGAUUGCAAGAAUUACAUAAAAUUGUGACAUUGAUAUAAAUACUUUAAAAGAUCAAAUAAAUUAGAAUACUGUGAAUUCUUUAACACUAAAAAGUGAAUUAGACAGUUUAAAUCCCUAGAAAGUGUCAGCAGUAGCAAGUCUAGAAAGAAAAAAUAGCGAAAUUAAUGAUCUUAAAACAGAACUUAACUAUUAAACUCAUAAAAGAGAGACAGAAACAAUUACUUAUUAAGUAAUCUUAGAUAAUUUGGAAUAAGCAUUAUUUGGUGUUAAUUAAGUCAAAGGAUAUUUCAAUAGUUAUUUAGAUGUACUUGUCAAAAAUAGAAAAAGAUUUGAAAAACCUGAACCAUCUUUCUUAUAAGAAACAUAUAGUUUCAAAUAUGAUUAAUCUGAAAUUGAAGAUACUGAAGAUUAAGGCUAAUAAUUUACAUCAUUCACUUAAGUAGCCGCUAAAGUCAAUAAAUUAAAGCAUCAUGUUAAUUACAACAUUAUUCUAGGUACAUUUAGAAGGCUACAGAGCCAUGCUUGAAAUGAUGAGUCGUUUAGCUACCAAAGCACAAGAUGAACCAUCAUAAGCAGAAGUUUUGACUAGAAAAGUUUUGUCUAUCUUAAAAUAAAUUGAAAAUUAUAUUUAAUCUGAAAGAAUUAGAGAAGAUUAAGCAGAAGCUCUUAGAUCUGGUAAUUUUGAAUUACUUUAAACAUUAUUAUCAGAUUAAUUAGUAUAAGCAAGUUAAGAUAGAACCUAUAUGGAAGGUUAUAUUUAAUAAUUAAAUUUUAGGACUUGUUGAGUCAUUAUCAACAAGAAUUUAAUAAGCAUCAAAUGAGAAAUUUGAAGUAGAUUCAAGAAUUGUUGCUAAAACUAGAGAAUUAGAAAAUAGAGAAACAGAUUGCAGACUUAAGAAAAAUGAAUAUGAUACUGACACAGCUAAUAGGUAAAAUUUUAUUAAAUAAAAAUUUAGAAUUAAAUAAAAGAGAGUUGUUGCAGUAGCAGUUGAUCUAAUCUCAUCAAAGUUAGGACAACUAAAGAGAAAAUUGCUUGCUAAUUGAGUU